AUGGGGGUGGCCACUCCGUUUGCCUACACUGGUCUGACGUCCGUCUCUUACCAUGAUGGCGAUGAUUGCUCGGCAACGGCAACGUCGCAGACUUCAAGCUCAAUUCGAGGCAGGCACGUGAGUGUGCACAUGACCGACGUCCCUGAGGAGAUAUCUAGGAGGCUCGACGAGCAACGAGCAACCCUUAACUCUAUGAAGGAGAUGCUGGAGCAGCUUCAAAGAGAGAAGAAGAAAGAGAGGACCUCGCGGACUUUGCAAAAAUUCUCGAAACACAAAGAGAGGGUGCCUGUUGAGUUUCCCGGGGGUAGUCUCCCUCAUCAUGCCCCUACCAGUUGUAGUAGGGAAGUGUUUUCUUCGGCUUCUGCCAGGCAGAUCAUCGAUCCCCUUCCGCAGUUCAACAGAGAUCGCUCAGACGAGUUCUGUCGCUUGAUAAAGGAUGGAGGGCGUCACUGUUUACGCCAACUUAUCACCGAUGCUCCUCUCACCGUAGACGCCACUUCUACUGAAGCUUUAAAGAAACCGGGUUUUCUAUUCGGGGAUCGCACCGAAGAUCCUGCUGCGCUGACUCUUGCUGAGGAGCACUGGCUUACCCUUGACGAGGGAGCUCUUUUAUAUAUCCCCUCUAUUCCUCGCCAGUGCUCUUUUACUGACUUGGAGAAACAGGCUGUGGGGCGACAGAUGUCCUGGCCUCUUACCAAUGCUGUUACACACGUUCAGUGCGGAUACAUUUCUCAUCACAAGAGUCCCGGUUCUCUGGGGUAUCAAUCCAUUUGUGGCCUUCGACCCGGGAUCAUGGGUCUUGACACUGCACCUCCAGGCGAGGUAUCGGCGGCCGCUCUCACCGUGAGGAAUCGUUUAGCUCAUCUGGGAAGACAAUUACCUCGACUGGAUUACCGAUGUUAUGGUUGGGCUUCCUCACUGGCUAAGGGAUGGUGGACCCGUUUGACCAGUUAUGUUCUGGGACGCUGGGAGAGAGACUUGAAGGGUAGUGGAUUAUAUACGCCCAUACGGGCUACUAUGUAUGGACUUCCCGUUAGCUGCCGUCACUUCUUGGCAUUGCUCGAGACAUAUAUGCCUGAUAGUAAUACCUUCUUGACCAGUGGCGGAGAGCUAGGGUUGGCUCUUCAUGAGAUGCACCAGGUUUCCGGGCUUUCGAUGGGAGAUUGCCCGUAUCAGGAAUACUUCCCUUCUAACCAACAGUUGGAGUGUUUGAAGAAGGAUACUCCCGAUGUGUAUGACACUCUCUGGGACCUCACCUGUCAUUAUCACACCUGUUUGCUCCAGAGUUCUCCUCCAGCGAAGACGAAGAGGAAGAUCAGCUUGAAGCAGUUUGCUGUUUACCUGUUUCCUAACUUGGAGGAUGAUUCCGAGGAGUCCAUACAUGAGUUAGGCGUUUUGACCCCUGCCGCUAUUAAUGAGCUGAUGGAGAAGAAUGAAACUCAUUCUUAUACCAUUGCUAGUGCCGAGGGGGCUUUUCCGGCCGGGACUAAGUUUCGAUCGUUCCUCUAUCAUGCCCAGAAGUCUAUCGAUCCUCGGUCUCUGUUAGCUGGCUACCUUGCUCUUUGGCUGAAGAAGUGUGUUGUUCCAUAUCAGUCUUCAGACGCUCUACCCCUCGAGGUGCUCUUCCCUGCGGUCCAGCUAGCUUAUGGGAGGGAGCUUUCUCUGCUUCCAGCGAUGGUUGCCAGCAUCCAUUGCGGGCUUAGGGGUGUAGUUCGUGUUCUUACCCAAGUGGGUUCUAAACCCUCGACUGAGCUUACCUGCCCGAAGGUUGAGCUGCCCUACGCUUAUUUGAUGGCGUGGUUCGUUCUUCACCGUCCGGACUUGAUGUCGGCGCCCAGCGCCGUUGAUGUUCCCGUUCCUUUCCUACAGCUGUUGGAGGAGAGUAGAUGGGUUGGGAAGAAAUUUGAAGAUGUACAAAAAGAACUUCGAGUUCGCAGGAACUGGGAGUUCUUCAAAUGCUUCCCUCGCUUUUCGGGACGUUAUGGCGAGGAGUUGACUGAUAUGGAGAAACCCCGAACUAACCGGACUGCUCUCGACGUCGGUUGUUUCCGCUGGUUGGUGAACAUCCGAGUCGGGUAUCUUGUUCUCCGGGUGAAGGACCGCUGCCACAUAGAGCCUUACCUUCCCUGCCGUUUCGCACGUCAGUUUGGCUAUGACCAACUAUACGUUGGGAAUCCGAGUCGUAGUUUGCGUGUUGAGGGAGGACUCGUUGACGGCGUACGGGCGUGGUUAUGGACCAUGGUUGGCUGCACCGGGGCUCAGUUUGCUCUUCCCUCCUAUAAACGCAAUCCAAUGAUUACCUUCCUCAGCUGUAAAUGGUUCCUCUCUGCCGAUGAAUCCAUAAGUGUGAGGAGUCUUUCGGAACUAGAAUCCGAUCACUUGGUUCAAUCUGCUAUGAUGGCUGCUCGCAGGGCUGAGCCUGCUCAGAGACAGAGGAAGAAGCCCACCGGAAUUCCCGAAGGGGAGUAUGCAGAUAUAGAUACCGACCAAGCAGAACUUGAUACAGGUGGGGUAGCUGACGACCAUGGGUCGCUCGCUUCCCGUCGUGCGAAAUCCAAGUUUGGUGGCCAAACUUCGCAUGACCGCCCCGUUGGUUCUAUGAGGGGUGAUCCUUCGAAAAGGAAAAAGAUUGCCCAUAAACCUCAUGUUGAUCAGCGCUCCCAUGGGGUAGAUUCAGGAGGCUUUGCCGACGGGGAGGAAGGGUUCUUCGAGGAGGGUGAGCUUCCGCCAGGUCCGGUAUUCUCUGGGGCUGACAACAUGGACUGCUUCAUGCAGCAGGUGUGCGACGCCCUUCGUGAUGGCUCCCUGGGCAUUGAUCUGAACAUCGAUCUUGGGCAGGCAGAUGGUGUUGAUCCCACCGGUUCAUUUUCAGAUAUACCUACAUCCGGUGCUGCAGGUGUUGCGACAGAAGGGCCAGACGGGGAUGGGGCCUCCCCUAUUGCAGAUUUCGAAGAGCAGGGAUAUGUUCCUGCACCGGUCUUCCCGAGACCUGACUCUGGACUGUUAGCCGAUAUGUUAGCUGAACAAGCUCCCACCGGGACUGUGAGACCACUCUUUGAGAGUGAUUCAUCCACAGGCGCUGUACCUGAUUCUGCUAUAGCUUCGGGUGUUUUCCCGCCUUCGCCUAAUACGACUGACUUGCCCACGAGGGUUGAUAUACCUUCCAUGAGCAUUCCUGUCGUUACUUCGGAGCCUGUCGAACCCCAACCCGAGGGGAUUUCCGCCGGUAUAGGUUCUCGACCGUCUCUAUAUGAGCAGGUCCAUGCUCUCUUGGCCGAUACCAAUCCAGAUGGGGAUGUCUUCCGCACUGACCUCGGCUUCUUUACUGCCUUUUAUAACGGCGUGAUUGAUAAGCUUCUGCACAGAGGGUCUUCUUUUGAUCAGUUCAGGCGUUCCUUCUCCCGUCACAUGAUGAUGAUGAGGGAAGAGGGAUAUCCGGAUUUGGCCGAUUCCUUUACAGCUGAUUUCGCUGCCCUGGAGUCAGAGAUUCGAGAGCUGAGGGAGUUGAAGGCUGGUGGAGCUCCCUCUUUUGCAUCUUCUCAGGUGGAGGAUAGGUUGACGCAGUGGCAUGAACUGCGAUCUUCCGUUGGCAGCGAGCUUCGAUCACGUGAGCGCACUGUCGAGCAGCUGAUGGCCUCUCUGGCGAGGAAAGACACCAGCAGAGCUGAGUUAGUGAGCUCCUUAGAUUCCACUCGUGCAGAGAUAGCUAGACUGAAGGAGGCCUUGGAACGCGCCGAAGAAUCUGCCGCUACCAUUUCUGAGGAACUGGUUGGGUUGGAGCGUUCUCGUGAAUGGACACUCGACAGGCUGGGAUCAGCGCAGGAGGGGUUGAUGAAGCUGCGACACGAAGCCGCAGAGGUUCUCAACAGUUCCGAAGAUUCUGUCCGAGCUAGCCUGCAGGCGGAGUUCGAGCAGGACUAUAUGGACAGGCUCUCCGGUUUAGAGUCUCAUAUUCUUAGCCGUCGGUUGCCUUCGGGUUGA